CCCCCCCCCAAAAAAAAAAAAAAACCAAAAAAAAAAAACUUGCUCAACUCGUUCCGGGAGGCGCCGGGCGCCGCGGACCGGGCGCCGCUCCAUGCGGCGGCGGGGCCGGUGCUGAGCCCCGGGGCCGCGGAGCCAUGGCCAUGGUGGCCGGUGGUUGGGGCGAGCCCAACGGCGGCGGCGGUAACGGCGGCGGUAACGGCGGGGAGGAGGCGGCGUCCCCGGCGGGCGGCGGCAGCGACGCGGAACACGGCGAGGAGGAACGGGCCGGUGCACCGGUGGACUGCGUGGUGUGCGGGGACAAGUCCAGCGGGAAACACUACGGGGUCUUCACCUGCGAGGGCUGCAAGAGCUUCUUCAAGCGCAGCAUCCGCAGGAACCUCAGCUACACCUGCAGGUCCAACCGCGACUGCCAGAUCGACCAGCACCACCGCAACCAAUGCCAGUACUGCCGCCUGAAGAAGUGUUUCCGUGUGGGGAUGAGGAAAGAAGCCGUGCAGCGGGGCCGGAUCCCCCCCACCCAUUCCAGCACCAGUCCCAACACCAUGCCCAGCGGGGAAUACUUCAACGGGCAGCCGGUGUCGGAGCUCAUCUCGCAGCUGCUGCGGGCUGAGCCGUACCCCGCCGCCCGCUACGGCUCGCAGUACGCGCAGCAGGGCAGCGUCAUGGGCAUCGACAACAUCUGCGAGCUGGCCGCCCGCCUCCUCUUCAGCACGGUGGAAUGGGCCCGGAACAUCCCGUUUUUCCCCGAGCUGCCCGUCUCCGACCAAGUAGCCCUGCUACGGCUCAGCUGGAGCGAGCUCUUCGUCCUCAACGCGGCGCAGUCGGCGUUGCCGCUGCACAUGGCCCCGCUGCUGGCCGCCGCCGGCUUCCACGCCUCCCCCAUGUCGGCCGACCGCGUCGUCUCCUUCAUGGACCAGAUCCGCAUCUUUCAGGAUCAGGUGGAGAAGCUCAACCGGCUCCAGGUGGACUCGGCCGAGUACAGCUGCCUCAAAGCCAUCGCGCUCUUCACGCCGGACGCCUGCGGCCUCUCGGACCCGGCGCACGUGGAGAGCUUGCAGGAGAAGGCGCAGGUGGCCCUCACCGAGUACGUGCGCUCGCAGUACCCCUCGCAGCCCCAGCGCUUCGGCCGGCUCCUGCUGCGGCUGCCGGCUCUCCGGGCCGUGCCGGCCGCCCUCAUCUCCCAGCUCUUCUUCAUGAGGCUGGUGGGGAAGACGCCCAUCGAAACACUAAUCAGGGACAUGCUGCUGUCCGGGAGCACCUUCAACUGGCCCUACGGGACGGGGCAGUAGGGGACAGAGCCUCUCCCCCCCCCUCCGCCGCCGGGGACACCCCAGCGACCCCCAGCAGCCGGACCUGGAUUCCCUCCAGCACCCUGAGACGGUACCGUCCCCGGGGAGCCCCGAACUGCACCGGCCCCCCCGCCCCGCAGCCGUCUUGUAGCUCGUCCGUCCGCCGCAGCGGUGGGGGCUGCUCCCCCUGAAAGCAGCGGGGUCGCGGCGUUAUCCUCCUAACCCCGAAGGUACUGGCCGUGCCGCCACUGCCGGACGCUGAACGUUCCUGUACCCCCCUGAAGCGGAGGUCCCUGGCCCCCCCGGUCUCCUCCGGGGACCUUGGAGCAUCCCCGGGGCUGGUCCCUCGCUCUGUCCCGGUGUCGGAGCCGGACCGGAGCCUGGGGAGGGGGACGCUGUCCUCUGGCUGCCCCUCCAAAUCUGAAUUUCAGAUGGCAGAGGCUCGGACAGGAGGUGAUGGAAGGUGGGACCGGCCAGGCUGGGAUGUGGGGGGGCCCCUGGCUGUGCAGAGCCCUUCUCUGGGGGGUCCUCCUGCCUCUGCCCCCCUCCUCAGUCCUGGCAAUUGUGGAAAAAGGGUCAUUUGAAGCCCCUUUGUGCCCUGCCCAGGGGCUGCCCCUGCCUGCUCGGGCCGUAUCCAGCCUCAAGGACUGAAGGGCCAAGCUUGGAGCAGCCCCUUUUUUGGGGACCGGGCUCAUCCGUGCCUGGUCCCAGCCCCCCCCUCCCUGCACUUUCCACUGAAGCAUCUCCCCUCUUGGGGCACGGGGAGGGGUACACGGGAGGGGAUGGGGGUUCACAGGAGGGAAUGGGGGUACAGGGGAGGAGAUGGGGGUACACAGGUGGCUGACCAGGGCCAUGCACCAUGCAUGGGUGCAAACCAAGUGGUCCUUUUUGGGUGCUGCACAGCAUCCAGCCCGGCCCUUCUCCCCCAGGGUUGUUCCCCGCUGCCUCACUUGGUGCUUUGCCCCACCCCAGGCCAGAUCCAGCACCCACCACCAUCCCCACACUGGGGGAGAUGGGUGCCAGCAUCCCCCUCCCCAUGCUCGCUAUGUUCCUGUGCCUCAUUAUUAUUUUUUUUUAAAGCUAGGUUUGGGGGAGAGAGGAGAUGUUGGGGGGGACCAAAAUCAGGCUGGGAAGGGGUGAUGCUGCCGGGGGGGGGGGUCCUUGUCCCCAGGGCUGAGCUGUGCUGGAUGAAGGGGCACAUGGUGGGGGGGGCAGAGCCACCUCAGAGGGAUGGGGGAUGCCCCACGGCCUCCCCCCCCGGGCUCUGCUUCUCAGGGGUAUCCACCAUGCAAACAGAUGGAGGCAGGAUUAGCCGGGGAUUUGUCAUUUAGAUUGAUUCACUGAAAAUAUAAUCCUUGUUCAAUGAUACUAAACAAAUUAACUGAAGUCAAUAAAAGAUGUUUCUUACAA